ACAAAGUUGGACUAUCCAACUUGUUUCUGAUUAUUCAGUCGACCAACUGGAAUCGCUCAGAUGUGCGGACUCACAUUACGAUUCUAUAAUAAUAAGCAUUCAACUAAACUAUCGGCCGAUAAAAAGUCUGUAGUGUGCGCUUAACCAGUUUGAUUUUUGCAUGCCUGAUGUAUAUGGUCUUAUUUCCGGAUACCAAACGAGAAGUAUCCGGUCUUGAAACAGGCUCCUCAACCUGUUGAAGAAUGGGACGGCGUAAGAGAUGCUACUAAAAUCGGAGAUUCUUGUGCCCAGAAAGAUAUGUUGAAUACUAAAGCUGUAAAGGGAUCGGAACAUUGUUUGCAUCUCAAUGUAUUCACGAGAACGCUUCCAGAUGAAGGUUCCUCUUUGAAGCCAGUAAUGGUGUGGAUCCAUGGAGGAGGCUUCACUUCGGGUUCAAGCGACCCCAAAUUUUUCUUUGGUCCGGAAUAUAUCAUGACCAAAGACGUUGUGUUAGUUUCUAUUAAUUAUCGCAUAGGAUUUUUGGGCUUCUUGACACUGGAAGACGCUUCCUUGGAUGUACCUGGUAAUGCUGGUAUGAAGGACCAAGUGCUGGCACUGAAAUGGGUUCAGAGGAACAUAAAACACUUCGGUGGCGAUCCAAAUAAUGUAACGAUUUUUGGUGAGAGUGCUGGAGGAGCUUCGGUCCAUUAUCUCAUCUUGUCUCCAUCUGCUAAAGGCCUUUUCCACAAAGCCAUCCUGCAAAGUGGGGUAGCUUUAAACCCUUGGGUAGCAUCAAACUUCAAUAUUUACGAUUUUAUGAAUUUCAUAGGGCGAGAAGUGAAGAAUGAGGAAGAAGGAUUACACAUUUUGAAAGAUUUGCGUGUUGAUGAGUUAGUGGAGUUACAAGAUGAAUAUUUGAAGACGAAGCUUCCAUUCGAAGUUGUGGGUCCAACGGUGGAGAAACCAAAUCCCACGGCAUUUCUAACAAAGAGUCCCAUCGAAAUAAUAACCUCUGGAGAAUGGAACAAAGUACCAAUGAUGAUGGGGUACACUUCGAACGAAGGUUUGUUGUUCGCAUUCGGCAAUGACUGGUUCAAAGACCCACAGAUUGAAUCCGAACAUUAUAUCCAUCCAGACAUGAAAUUGGAAAAAGGAUGUUCGACCAGCAAAUUGAUAUGUAAAAAAAUAAAAGACUAUUACUCACAAGAAAAGAAUGCCUAUAAUCCUUAUAUGCUGCACUCAGAUUAUUAUUUCGUAGCAGGAAUAAUAGGUUCGGCCAAACUUCACGCAAGAACUUCAAAUCAUCUAGUUUAUCUGUAUAGAGUGACCCUGGAAACUGGAUUGAAUGUUAUGAAAAGGCUAUUCAAAGUUGAAAAUUUACCAGGGGUUUCUCAUGGUGACGAACUGGGUUAUCUCUUCAAAGUUUCCGUUGGAUCAGAAAUUGAACUUGGAGAACCUGAAAUUCAGGGUAUACGGCGAUUUUUGGAAUUAUGGACAAAUUUUGCUGCACAUGGCAAUCCCACUCCUGGCGGAACUAACUUGAAUGUUGAAUGGAAAUCUGUAGAAGAGGAGCAAGUAAAUAUCUUGGACAUCGGGCAAGUGCUCACAAUGCAGACCAAUCCAGAGAUGGAAAGAAUGAACUUGUGGAAAGAUAUCUACCAGCUCAGUCCCGCAACUGCCAAAUAUUUAUAAUUAUAAUUUUUUAAAUCUACUUCUGGUAUAAUAAUUUCUGCCAGGUACUCUUGUCAAAGUGAUGGUUGUAGUUGUAAUACAUAUUUUUAAUCAGUU